AAUAUAAUUAUAGAUACAAUUUUUGACCGUUUAAUUUUACAAUUAGUAAUCAAAGCAAUCUUGAGAGCCAGGUUUUUGUUGUUAUAGCCAACCAGAGAUAACCGAUCCUAACUAUCUAGUCUUGAUGGCUUCAAUCUUGUCUGUUAAGUUUUAAACAGUGGGAAUAAACAUGAUUCAAGGUUCGCCUUUAACCCUGUGCUCAUUUGGUUUAAAGUAAAUGCUACUUUCGCUUUAACCAGCACAGCAGUUAACAGUUUAUUAACCAGCUUUAAUGUUAAAUGUUUAAUUACUAAAAGUAUAGUAAAUAGUUUAACUAAAAGUAAAAAAUUAAAACUAUGAUCUAAUCUAUGUUUAGUGUAACUCUUUUGUUUUGGUGACCAAAUUAUGGAAAAUAUUACACCAUUUAUUCAUCUUCAACAGGAUUUUCUCUGCCGUUAUUAUUUCUAUUAUUAUGAUCAAUUCAUUUUCAAUAGUUUCCAAUUUACUCUGACUAUCAAACUAAUCAACAUUUAUUGUUUAAUGUUAACCCUGAUAUCUGUUAUCAACUUUAGCCUGUUCAAAACCCAAUCCAAAUGGAAAUACAAUCCCCAACUGGAUCUACUGAUUCAAAGGAUGCCGAGCAAGAUUUCAAAUUCAUUGUUAGAACUAUUAAACGUCAAUUAACAGCUUCAGAGUGCUUCAUUCAGUUUAUUCAACUAUCAUCAUCUCAUGCGGUGAUUAUGCAAGAAAAUUUACAGGCUGUUCAGUCCAUUUUAUUGCAAAUUAUUCUCAACCUAUUGUCUUCCUUUAAAUUCAAAUUUGUUACCACAGUUGAAUGUAAUGGGUUCGGAAGACGACCUUUAUUCACCGAGAUGGUCCAUCAAAUGGAUAGGUACAAAAUGCAUGAUUACGUCCAUUGGAGCCAAAUUAUUGCUGAGGCUAAAAAAAGUAUGGAUAAAUUUAUAAAUGUAAACAAAGCAAAAUAUGAGGAUUUGGUUCAAUUCAUUCAUUUGACGCUCGACCACAUAGCGAAAAGCAACAUCAAACUUGACUGUGAAUCCUUUGCUAUUUUGUUCAAUACUCAAGUUACAUCCAACAUGCCUCCAGUGAAAGAUUUGGAUUUAACUCCAAUCUUACCUAAACCAGCUCACCUUGUGAAUGCCCAACUACCAAAGCCAAAAAAAGGCCAAAAAUCAGUUGGCCGUUCAUCUACUUCAAGCUGUUCUCACGUGAGAAAACUCAACUUUGAAAUUGAGUAUCAACUUAAACCUAUUGAAGUUACUCCCAUCAAAUCUUACCGCCGACCGGACAAAUAUAAGGCAAUCGUGUCACCGUUUGAAGAAACUCAACCAAUUCCAUUGGAACCCAACUCACCAGCAAACAUGGAUCCCCGAUUAAUUCACAUGUUUAAACGGACUCCAAAACCCAUCGAACCACGAAGAUUUCUCGGACGUAUUACUGUACAUAUUGGAUCAGGAGACGAACCUGAAAUAUCCAGACCUGCUAAAAGACGCCGAGUUGUUUGGGAUUUAUCUUAACCUAACCUUCAAUAGUGUAUUUUCAAUUGAUCUCUUUGUAAUUGUCUUCCUAUCCUGCAUGCAUUUUUUGUACAAACCUAAAUAUUUAUUUUGUAUUAAACAAUUUUCCCUCACUA